AUGGCGGCGGGCGGCGUGGUGUUGUGGCGGCGGCUCUCGGCCUGGCUGCCCCCGGCCUGGCUGUCCCGCGGCCGCCUCGGCCUGUCCGCGCUGCUCGGCCGCCUCUCUGACCGCCUCUCCCGCGGCCGCGACCGCCGCGCCCGCAGAUCAUCAUGGCUCCUUCUAGCCCCGCUGCUCAGCCCUCCUGUUCCAGUGAUCACAGCCCCACCAUGUUCGCUCUGUCCAGAAGGAGCACACAGGUUCCAGUGGAUCAGGAAUCUGGUCCCAGAGUUUGGGAUCUCCAGCUCACACGUCAAGGUGCUUUCAUCCCCUGCAGAAUUCUAUGAACUCCUGAAGGCGCAGAUCAAAGCAGCUAAGCAGCGAGUGGUGAUGGCCUCACUGUACCUGGGAACAGGGCUCCUUGAGCAGGAGUUGGUGGAUUGCUUAGAAGAAACGCUGGAGAAAUCGCUGGAAGCAAAAGGCUCGCCUGAUCUCAGAGUUUCCAUUCUCCUGGACUACACCAGGGGCUCCCGGGGCAGGAAGAAUUCUCGGACAAUGCUGAUCCCGUUGCUGCAGCGAUUUCCUGAGAAAGUCCGUGUGUCCCUCUUCCACACCCCAAACUUGCGUGGACUUCUCCGGCUCCUGAUUCCAGAGCGUUUCAAUGAGACCAUAGGGCUGCAGCACAUCAAGGUGUAUCUCUUUGAUGACAAUGUGAUCCUGAGUGGUGCAAACCUGAGUGAUCUGUACUUCACCAAUCGGCAGGACCGCUAUGUCCUGCUGCAGGACUCUCCAGAGAUUGCAGACUUCUUCACAGAGCUUGUGGAUGCGAUUGGGGACGUGUCCCUGCAGUUACAGAGAGAUGAUACAGUCCAGAUGAUGGAGGGGAUGGUACACCCAUACCGAGGAGACAAGGCUGCUUACUGCGAGAUUGCCAACCGGAGGGUCAUGGAGGUCAUCAACUCUGCCCGGACACGGCAAGAGCUCCCUCAUGCAAAGACUUUCCACAGCAGCCAUGCAGACAGCUCCCUGUUAUCCCAGCAAGGCUCUGAAACAUCUGGGGGUCUGAAACCAGAACCCGACACCUGGAUCUAUCCAUUAAUCCAAAUGAAACCUUUUGGUAUUCAAAUAGAUGAGAUGGUCACAGAGACACUGCUGACCGAGGCUGAGCGGGAUGCCAGGAUAUACCUCACCACUGGCUACUUCAACCUGACUCAGGCCUACAUGGACCUCAUCCUGGGCACGAGGGCCGAGUACCGGAUCCUCCUGGCCUCGCCAGAGGUCAAUGGGUUUUUUGGUGCCAAGGGGGUGGCAGGUGCCAUCCCUGCUGCCUACGUUUACAUUGAACACCAGUUUUUCAGCGAGGUGUGCUACCUGCAGCAGCAGGAGAGGGUGCAGCUGCAGGAGUACUCCCGGGCCGGGUGGACGUUCCAUGCCAAAGGCCUCUGGCUGUACCUGGCAGGGAGUGACCUGCCCUGCCUGACCCUGAUUGGCUCUCCGAAUUUUGGAUAUCGAUCGGUUCAUCGUGAUUUGGAAGCCCAGGUUGCGAUAGUGACAGAAAAUAAAGCCUUGCAGCAGCAGCUCCAUCAGGAGCAGGAGCGGCUUUACCUCUGCUCAGGUGUGGUCUCAACAUCAACGUUUGAGCAGCCAAAUCGUUAUGUGAAGCUGUGGGUGAAGCUGGUGACACCUCUGAUCAAGAAUUUCUUUUGAAAGAAGGAAAGCUGCUGCUUUGGGUUGAAGGUCCAGACGUAGGUGGGCCCUCGCAUCCGUGUCUUGUAGACGGGACAUUCGUAGAUGUUGAUGGUGUCCACGCGGUCCACAGGGAUGGCUCUGAGCAAGAUGACUGGCAUGGCGGGCGUCAGCUCCUUCAGCAGCGCGUCGGCAAUCGACCCUGAGGCCACAUCCCAGCGCGCACCUGCAACGUGACAGCGGUGUCAUGACCUUACAGCUGCCCCCGGGUUCUCCCUGCAGGGGCUUUGUUCGGAACUACUGAUGGGUGGGAGCUGGAAGGUGAAGGUUGGGUAGAGUGGCUCGGUAGUGGUUAGGGCUGACGUGUCCUCGACUCACUGUGACCCAGGACUGCAUUUGCCUUACUGUGUGUGGGAUAUCUGAAUAAAUUCUGUCCCCACCCCUCCCUUCAGCUCAGCUUUGCAUGGGAAUUGCAGAGCUGAAGGUGAACUAACCGUGGUGGGAUCUACCACACGCUGUCCUGUGUGCUCUGUGUUCUUGUCCAAGCAGACCCUUCAUCUCCUCUGCUGAACUGCCUCCUUCCCCCUCAUUGCAGCAGUAAUUAUUAUAGGUUUGAGUUUUCCAAUUUGUCUUACUCAUACAUCAAAUAAGAAUGUGACAUAUUUAA